GGAGCCGGGCAGGAGGCGGCAGCCGCGGCGCGCAGUCCGGCCGCGCAGCGGGAGGGAGGCGCGAAGCAGGAGUCGGCGGCUGGGCUCCGCGGCGCCUCCAGCGCAGCUCCGCGCCCGGGUGCCGACCCCAUGCCCGCAGCCCAGCCGGCCCACCCUUGAGCGCGGGCGCCCCGCCCGCGCCCCACGCCCGCCGGCACCAUUGCCCCGACGGCGCGUCCCGGCGGCCCGGGGCUCCCCAGGCUCCGCGCCGGCCGAAAGACGCUGCUGGCGGCCGCCGCGGGCGUGGUGAUGCUGCUGGUGCUGGUGGUGCUCAUCCCGGUGCUGGUGAGCUCGGGGGGCCCGGACGGCCACUAUGAGAUGCUGGGCACCUGCCGCAUGGUGUGCGACCCCUUCCCCGCGCGGGGCCCCGGCGCCGGCGCGCGGCCCGACGGGGGCGACGCCCUGAGCGAGCAGAGCGGCGCGCCCCCGCCCUCCACGCUGGUGCAGGGCCCCCAGGGGAAGCCGGGCCGCACGGGCAAGCCGGGCCCUCCGGGCCCCCCCGGGGAUCCGGGUCCUCCGGGCCCUGUGGGACCACCCGGGGAGAAGGGUGAGCCGGGCAAGACCGGCCCUCCCGGGCUGCCCGGCGCGGGUGGCAGCGGCGCCAUCAGCACGGCCACCUACACCACGGUGCCGCGCGUGGCCUUCUACGCCGGCCUCAAGAACCCUCACGAGGGUUACGAGGUGCUCAAGUUCGACGACGUGGUCACCAACCUCGGCAACAACUACGACGCGACCAGCGGCAAGUUUACGUGCAACAUUCCCGGCACCUACUUUUUCACCUACCAUGUCCUCAUGCGCGGCGGCGACGGCACCAGUAUGUGGGCGGAUCUCUGCAAGAACGGCCAGGUGCGGGCCAGCGCCAUAGCCCAGGACGCAGACCAGAACUACGACUACGCCAGCAACAGCGUCAUCCUGCACCUGGACGCGGGGGACGAGGUCUUCAUCAAGCUGGACGGGGGCAAAGCACACGGUGGCAACAGCAACAAGUACAGCACCUUCUCUGGCUUCAUCAUCUACUCCGACUGAGCUCCGGGCCGCGGCUGCCCUCCCCGCCCGUGC